UCUCCGUCUUUCACGCGCGCGCUCACCCGUCCCGUCUCCCGAGCAUUUCGCAUGAAUGGGAACGCUUUUCGGAAGGAAGGACACACACAAACCAUGAAUCAAUUACUUUUUUGAAUGAAACGUCGUUGAUGAAUUGGCGACGGACGUGCACCGGGUUUGCGCGAAAUGACGAUGGCCGAGGGUAAGCCGAACUUUAGGGUCGUCGAGAGGCUCAAGAUUAAAAUCGGUGAUGCCAAAAAUUUAGGCAAAGGGCACUCAUCGCUUAGGGACGGACAUUGUACAAUCACUCUCGAUCAGGAAGAAAUAUUCCGUACAGCGACCAUCGAGAAAGCAAUAAGUCCGUUUUGGGGUGAAGAGUUUGAAUUUGAAAUACCUCGUCGUUUCCGUUACCUGGGUGUAUGUGUUUAUGAGCGGGAUAGACCUUUAGGAAGAGUGACUGUUCGGCGUGACCAAUUGACAUCAUUCAAUGACAAGGAUCACUGGUUUCCUUUACGACCGCUCAACGUUGAAUCUGAAGUUCAGGGAAAAAUUCAUAUUGAAAUUGAAUUUAGUGAAAGCCGGGGCAGUCUUAGAGUACGUUUAAACGAAGCGUGUGAAUUAGCUAUUACGAAUGGAAAUUGUGAUCCAUUCGCUGAUGUAACAGUUAGAUACACAAAUGAUAAAACAGAAAACCAAAGGACCAAAGUCAAGAAAAAGACUAACUCUCCUGUUUUUGAUGAGGCUUUUGCGUUUACUCUUCCUGGAAUGAGUGGAAUGCACAAACAACACAAUAUGUCAAAACAAACCCCUACUGCUGAUUGGGCUGAACUUAUUGUCACGCUCUACCAUGAAGUAUCUAGCAGCAAUACUGUAUUUUUGGGUCAGGUAAUCAUACCGUUGCAAGGAAGAACUGUUAGUGCGUGGUACUUUUUGCAACCACGUAAUCGAAAAACCAGUCUCAGAGAAGACCCGGGUUUUAAUUAUCCUACUGUUGGUUCUUUGCGUUUGAAAAUUCAUUAUACGGCCGAUUAUGUACUUCCAUCUCACAAUUACGAAUGUCUAAAACUCAUGAUAUUGAACAGUCAUUCUGUACAACCAACCACUGCUAGUUUAGUUUAUCUACUGGGUGAAAUCAUCCCGAAUAAAUUAGAUGCAGCUCAACCUCUUGUACGUGUUUUACUCCAUCAUGGGCAAAUAGUUCAGACAAUCAGAUCCCUUGCUAUUUGGGAAAUAUCAAAAGUUACUGAUGCCAAUACUAUUUUCCGUGGUAAUUCGUUGGUAUCAAAAAUGAUGGACGAAUCCAUGCACAUAGCUGGGAUGAGGUAUUUGCAUGAAACUCUCAGACCUCCGUUGGAGAGAUUAUUGUCCGAAAGAAGGCCAUGUGAAAUUGAUCCUGCACGAGUUAAAGACACAGCAGUUAUUAGUCAUAAUUUGGCCAACUUGAAGAUUUAUGUGGAAGAUGUUUUCAAAGCUAUUACUACGUCGGCUCUUAAAUGUCCUACGGUAAUGUGCCAACUCUUCCAUACGCUGAAAGAAGUGGCCAAUAAAUUUUUCCCAGAGAAUAAAGAAAUUAAAUAUUCUGUUGUAUCUGGUUUUAUAUUUUUAAGAUUUUUCGCACCUGCUAUUUUAGGCCCCAGACUCUUUGAUCUCACUAAAGAACAAAUAGAUAGUCAAACGAAUAGGACCCUUACGUUAGUAUCCAAAACAAUACAAAGUUUAGGUAACCUUGUUUGUUCACGAUCAAAUUUUAAAGAAGAAUACAUGUCAUCAAUGUACCAAUCUGUAUACACUGAACAGCAUGUUACAGCAGUCAGACAGUUUUUAGAAAUAAUUUCUGCCUCGGCUGGUCCCGCACAGUAUACUCAGGAUACUCCUGUUACACUUAAAGAAGGCUUUCUAAGGAAAAUUACACAGUGGAUGUUAACCAAAAGAGCUCAAGGCCGUAAAAGAUUUGGUAGGAAAAAUUUUAAACAGCGAUAUUUUAAAUUAACUACUCGAGAUUUAUCAUAUGCCAAACAGAAAGGUAAAGAACCUCUGUGCACAAUUACGCUGUCAGAUAUUUUAGCUGUAGAACGCCUGCAACAAGAGUCAUUUAACAAAAACAAUAUGUUUCAAAUAAUACAACCUGAGAGAGUGUUAUACGUGCAAGCCAAUAAUUGUGUUGAAGAAAAAGAGUGGGUGGAUUUGCUAACGAAAAUGUGUUUUUCAAAUAGCAAACGUCUCACCCUUUAUCACCCAGCUGCAUUUAUAAAUGGCACUUGGCUUUGUUGUAAAUCCAACAAUGAAAGGACCAAAGGGUGUCAAGAAGUUUCAAUGUCUGCUGAUUAUAUCCAAACGAGUAGUGUCGAUGUUGAUAGAGAGCUAUCUAGAUUGCACGCACUUUGUGUAACGCACAUUGAUCGUUUUGAUAAUGUUUUAAAAGCCUGUGAAUGCAAAUCUGUAUAUCCUGGAGAUAAUAGAUUAUGUCAUCCAUUGUUAAUCGAAGACCCAAAAACUACAUUUAAGACUUUAUCUACUCUACGAGAAAUUAUUUAUAAACUAGAACAAGAGCACAGAACAGUUAUAAGAACAAUUAAUAGAGAAACAAAAUUAGGCAGCAAGCAAGCCCCAAUUGGAGAUGACAAUUACCUCCUUCUUGCUGGCCGCAACGACCUAAGUGCACAUCAUCAUCAAAAAGUUUGGUAGCACAGGCUUAAUAGAUCCCGCUCCAUAUGAGUGGGUUACAAUAACAAAUUACAUUUUAUAUAUAUAUUAUAUACAUAUAUAAACCUAGGUUGUACUAAAAAAAAAUCUACAUAACUUUUAUACAAAUUUAAUUCGGAACAUAAUAAUUAUUAAUAUUUUAUUGUUUAGUCUAAUCCUUAAAAACUUAUAAAAUGACAAUUUUAAAAUUUUACAAAAAAAAAUUAACCAGUAGGUAUAGUGUUGUUAAUGACAUAGUUUUAAACAUGCUUCUCUUUAACAUAAAAACCUUGUGCCAACAGUAAUUAACACCCUUGUGUUCAUAUAAUAGUAUUCA